AUGGCCACCUCCAAUAUUUUCUCCGCCGCUGACCACACCUCGACCUCGGCGCCGCCUGUUUUUCAAGGCAUUCCCAUAUACCUGAAGCCUUCCUCAAGCACCUUUCGAAAGCCGAGCUUUUACAUCCCACGCAUGCGCGAAUGCGUCGAGGCGACCGAGGCGAAGAAAGAAAUUUUCCGCGUGGAUGGGUUGGGGUCCGCGCUUCCGCUCUUCGCGAUCAGUUCGGCGUCGUGCGAGUACUACUCGCUACGGCUUCCGUUAUUAAAGGCGGGGUUUAAGCGUUUGUGCGCACCGCUGGAAGGGGUGGUGUGCAACCUCGUCUGGGGACGAUCCAUGCCCUCGCAUCCACUUGGGGUGGCCGCCUCCGCGCCGUCUGCGCAGGCGUUUUCGAGCAUGCUCGCAGCGGGCGACGCCCUCCCCCCCCUCCUGCGGGAUCGCCUCACCUCCGCGGCGAAGGAUCUCGGCUGGGCAGCCCUCCUGCGGAUGGAAAACCCUUUCCAGCGCUUCAACCACUUCCCCCUAAGCCAUCGGAAUCUCGGCUGCAAGCGGGGAAUGGCGGCGAACCUGCGGCGGAUUCAGUUUCAUAUCGAAGGGAUGCGCGGCGGCCCCGAAUCGCGAUCGCUUCCCCCGGAUUUGUACGACUUCGUCCCGCAGACGUGGGUGUACCCGCAGGAAAAGGAGGCGCUGUUGCGCAUCUUUCGCGCCGCGCCGAGCUCGGAACGUUUCAUCUGGAAGCCCGCGCGGGGGAGUUGUGGGCGGGGGAUUUACAUCUCCCAGGGCGGUGCCGCCCACACCGCGUCGUGGGAGCGGGUGAUGGAGGAAAUCGAGCGGAAGGCCUCUGGCGAUCAGCCUGGCGGCCGCAUUUAUCGCCAGUACGUCGUUCAGAAGUACCUCGAUAACCCGCUUUUGUUGAAUGACAAAAAGAUGGAUCUUCGGCUCUACGUCGGUGUCACUUCCUACGAUCCGUUGACGGUGUACCUGCAUGAGGAGGGUCUUGUGCGGCUCGCUGCGGAGCCGUAUGACAACGACGACGGGCUCCUUUCCUCCCCUCCGGAAGAGGCGAUGGGGUUGGGGGAGGGCGCACUCAAGUGGUCCGCGAGCGGACCCCAGGAGGACGGCGUGGAGGCGCAGUUCAUCAAUCGCUUUCGCCAUCUAACCAACUAUUCCAUUGGGCGAAAAUACCCUGCCUUCCGGCAGCUGCAGCAGGAGGGCUCGCUUCCCCAGACGCGACCCUCUUCUGGAGAAGUUGGAGCGAGCGCGGUCCCUCCCUCCGGCGGCAUUUUGGAUCCCAACGAUGGGCAUGCGGAGGCGCUCGCGGCGAUGGAUCGGCCUCUCCCUGAGCUCAAAUGGAGCCUGCAGCGGUUGUGGGAGUAUCUAGACCGCGAGCACGUGACCACAGACGGAUCAGCAGCGAGCGGCAGGCCUUUCUCGACCCCGUCGGAGCGGUUGAAGGAGGAAAUUGCGUUGAUUAUCACGCGCGUGCUCAUGUCUGCCCGACCUGCCAUCCUCCAGGGGCUUCGUGCGCAGCCCGGCGGCACCCCUUCCGCGAUCGCUCCCUCGAUGCCCGCACGGCAUGAUGGUUUCUUUGAGCUCUACGGGUUCGAUAUCAUGCUCGAUGCGAAUCUUAACCCCAAGCUAAUCGAGGUGAACACCAUGCCGUCCUUGGAGAGCAGCUCGGACUUCGACUACGCGGUUAAGAGCAACGUUGUGGCAGAUUUGCUGAAUUUAUCGAUGAUGGAGGCCUUCGAGCGGCCGCGGGAGGCCCUCAGCCCCUUUCUUAAGCAACCAGACGACCUUCAUUCCCCUGACGUCGCGGUAAGACCGUACAUCCACACCUUGGAUUUGCUUUCUCAGGAGCGGGGGGGCGAUCAAACGGCUCGAAUUUCCUUUGAAAUCCAGCGGAAGGAGAUUGCUUCGAAGCUGAAAGAUGAACUGCAGUACGCGCGUGGGUUCAAACGAAUAUUCCCGCCCGUAUCCGCUGAGGAAGUCGCUCGACAGGGCGCUUCGCCGUCGAAUUAUCCUAUUCCAGCCCUCAGUCACCGCGCCAAGAAAGAUUUAGAGGCUUACAGCGCGUUGGGGUUCCUCUCUCAGAGUGAUGAAUGGGCACUUCAGUUGUCGUAG